GCGAAAAAUCGGCGUCGCGGUGGUGAUGCCGGUUAUUGGAGAUGCUCUAACCAAUGCAAAAUGAAGCUUAUUUCACGCAUGCUUGGUGAAUCUAUUCCUAUUUUCAAGCCAAGUGAUCCUCCUUGUUUCAAAGAUUUAAUGGAGGAUUAUGUCAACCGUUGCACAGAUUUGUCCAAAAGCUCUAGCAUUGGGCGGACCUUUGGAUAUGUUCGAAGGUGAUAUAGCAGGAGAUCCGUUUUCGGUGGUUCGCAUUAUCGGCUAUCCUGCUGUCAACAGGAAACAAAUGCCCGAUGCCAUAAACGAUAUUGGAUGUGGCGAACACACUGACUACGGGUUACUAACAUUGGUUAAUCAAGACGACGAUAUAACUGCACUGCAAGUGAGAAAUAUUGUUGGGGAGUGGAUACCGGCUGCACCUGUUCCAGGCACAUUUGUUUGCAAUAUAGGCGACACGCUGAAGGCACGCACGCACAUUCAGCACGCGCGCGCACGCACACGCACACGCACACGCACACGGACAAGAGUAUCUAAAGCUUGUAUUCGAACACACAUGCAUGACAUAUGUACUCAUUCUAAAUAUUGGGAAGAUGCAGAUCUUAACAAAUGGGAUAUACGAAUCAACUUUGCACCGGGUGAUGAACAAUUCUGCGAAAUAUCGUGUCUGUGUUGCAUACUUCUAUGAGACAAACUACGAUGCUGCUGUAGAGCCACUGGAGAUAUGCGUGGAGAGGAGUGGUGGAGCGAAGAAGAUUGAUGGAGCUGUUGUUUAUGGGAAGCAUUUGGUUAGUAAAGUGCUCAACAAUUUCGUCUUUUAGUUUUUUUACUCUCUACGUCCCAUAGAAAUAGACUAAUUGGGAUGACACGAGUUUUAAUGCGUAAUUGGUAAAGUAAGAGAGAAUGAGAAAAAGUAGCUGAAAUAACGUAGUGGAUGAUACUGAUAAGACCCAUGAAUGAUUAUGUCAAAGACUAGGAGAAAAAGUUUUCAUAAAAGGAUAUUGAUUAUUUCUAUGGGACGGACGAAAAAUGAAAUUUAGUCUAUUUCUAUCGGACGGAUGGAGUAUAACAAACUAGAUUCGAAACGGAUUCCCCUAUUGCCAUCUCAUGUUCAAGACUUCAUCUCUGGCUGUAAUUACAACUGAGUUAUUGUUUACUUCUAAGCUUCGACACUUUUUAAUUGAUUUAUUUUACGAUUGCA